AUGGAGCCGUCUUCGAACUCCAAUUCUACCUUCAAAUCGGCCAUCCCCUCACUCCCCGCCCCGGUUACAACACAACUCCAGGCCCCGCCAUCGCCGCGGACUCAUCGCGCCCUUCGACGCCUUCAAUCUGCGCACACUCUAGGAGCCCGCGCUCGCGAGCAAGGCACGCCCUCGCUCAUCUCCCAGCAACGCCACCGCGACACCCAGCGCAAUGCUUCACCUACAAGACCGUCACAAGCGCCUCCUGCUGCUUCAGGCACACCCAGCUUCUCCCAGAAUAUCAAUCGCUCACCUCAGCGCGGGCGCGCUAAUAGCGAUGCCACCCCGCCACUCAUUCACCAGAUGAAUGUUGUCACAGCCAGCAAGCGUGCUGGGAGUAAGAAACCCGUAUUCUCGCAUGGCCAUCUACCUCUUCAUCAAAUUAUCCGCGAAGGCCCAACAGAUGGUGAUUUCUUGGGCGCUUUGGAAAGCGCACGGUGGAAGGUUAUCGAUGAAGGUGUCAAGAGUGCUGAGGAUGGCAUGUCAACAUUGAGAAUAUACGUCUGGCUCGUCCUCCUGGACGCUCCUAUCCUGUCGACCGAUGACUACCUCGCCCUUAUCCACCGAGGAGCCUCGCCGGCUUACUCCAAGAUCCGCAACGACACCUUCCGCACACUUACGACCGACCCUCUCUUCCGCCGCCGUGUCAGUGAAGCAAGUCUGAUUCGUUUACUUAACGCCAUUGCGUGGAAGUUGCACGACGCGCGUGAGGAACAACGCCAAAGCCGCCCUAGUAGUAGCCGAGCCUCACUCCCUGGCGGUAGUAGCGUCUCCGGUCGUUCUCAGUCAGGCACAAGCACGUCAUCACCAACUGCUCGCAGUCGCGCGCGGGCCUUAACACUCACGACCGAGGGCUCUGAAUCCGGCGCAGGCGCUGCGACUCUAGAACCCGGCACCUAUGUUCAGGGUAUGAACGUUCUGGCAGCACCAUUUCUUUACGCAGCUCGGAGUGAAGCAGAAGCAUUCGUUGCGUUCCACUCCUUGUUGACUCGAGAAUGCCCGGGCUAUAUUCGCGGUGCCAUGGAUGGCGUUCAUCGCGGCCUUGCACUGGUUGAUAAGGUCCUUGCUAUCGUUGAUCCCAAGCUCAGCAUGUACCUUACUGCGAAGGGCCUUUCGGCUGAGAUCUACGCUUUCCCUUCAGUUCUGACGCUUUGUGCAUGUACACCACCGCUUCCCGAGGUUCUACGACUGUGGGACUUCUUGUUCGCCUAUGGUCCUCAUCUCAAUAUCGUCUGCAUUGUCGCGCAGCUUACAAUUAUGCGGACUCAAAUUCUUCAGUCGCCCAGCCCAAAUAAGGUCUUAAGAUCCUUCCCCCAGCUUAACGCUGAUCUCGUCAAAUCCGUCACAAUUGGCAUUAUCAAGAAGAUACCCGACGAUGUCUAUGCAGAGAUCGUUUCUCACGCUCUUUAA